GCGGAGGGAGGAGCUGUCCGGCUCCCCGCGAAUGUGGCUGGGGCCGGAGCGCGGCCUCUGCCCUGCCCCUCCUGAGCGACCCUCACUCUUUUGCGGUUCGCUCCCAGGCAGCGCAGUAGGGAGAGGGCCGGGCAGACCCCCCCUCUUUCCCCGCCGGCGGAGCCAUGGACGAGCAAAGCGUAGAGAGCAUUGCUGAGGUAUUCCGAUGUUUCAUUUGUAUGGAGAAGCUGCGCGACGCGCGCCUCUGUCCGCACUGCUCCAAGCUCUGCUGCUUCAGUUGCAUUCGGCGUUGGCUGACUGAACAAAGAGCUCAGUGCCCACACUGUAGAGCCCCUCUCCAGCUACGAGAGCUCGUGAACUGUCGUUGGGCAGAAGAGGUCACGCAGCAGCUUGAUACACUUCAACUGUGCAGCCUCACAAAGCAUGAGGAGAACGAAAAGGACAAGUGUGAAAACCAUCAUGAAAAGCUUAGUGUCUUCUGCUGGACCUGCAAGAAGUGUAUCUGCCACCAGUGUGCUCUUUGGGGUGGAAUGCAUGGAGGACAUACAUUUAAGCCACUGGCAGAAAUCUAUGAGCAGCACGUCACAAAAGUCAACGAAGAAGUGGCAAAGCUUAGGAGAAGACUCAUGGAACUGAUCAGUUUGGUGCAAGAAGUGGAGAGGAACGUGGAGGCCGUGCGCAGCGCCAAGGACGAGCGAGUGCGGGAGAUCAGGAAUGCAGUGGAGAUGAUGAUUGCUCGCCUGGACACUCAGCUGAAGAACAAGCUUAUAACAUUAAUGGGUCAAAAGACAUCACUUACUCAAGAAACUGAACUUCUGGAAUCUCUGCUUCAGGAAGUAGAACAUCAGGUACGCUCGUGCAGCAAGAGUGAGCUGAUCUCCAAGAGUUCAGAGAUCCUGAUGAUGUUCCAGCAGGUUCAUCGCAAGCCCAUGGCCUCCUUUGUCACCACUCCUGUUCCCCCAGACUUCACAAGUGAAUUGGUUCCAGCCUAUGACUCAACUACAUUUAUCUUGCAGAACUUCAGUACCUUGCGCCAGCGAGCGGAUCCCGUUUACAGUCCACCUCUUCAAGUGUCAGGACUUUGCUGGAGAUUGAAAGUUUAUCCAGAUGGGAAUGGAGUAGUUCGGGGCUACUACCUCUCCGUGUUCUUGGAGCUGUCUGCUGGACUGCCAGAGACUUCCAAGUACGAGUACCGGGUGGAAAUGGUUCACCAGUCCACCAACGACCCCACCAAAAACAUCAUCCGCGAGUUCGCCUCCGACUUUGAGGUUGGGGAAUGCUGGGGCUACAACAGGUUCUUCCGGCUGGACCUGCUGGCCAACGAGGGCUACUUGAACAGGCAGAAUGACACCGUGAUCCUGAGGUUUGAAGUGCGCUCACCAACCUUCUUCCAGAAGUGCCGAGAUCAGCACUGGUACAUUGCUCAGUUGGAAGCAGCUCAGACAAGUUACAUCCAACAAAUAAACAACCUUAAAGAAAGGCUUGCCAUUGAGCUUUCCCGGACUCAGAAGUCACGAGGCAUUUCACCUCCAGACACCCAUCUCAGUCCCCAGAAUGAUGAUACUCCAGAAGCAAGAGCAAAGAAGUCUGGACAAAGCACUGAAGUCCUACUUGAGAACAUGGCUGCUCCAGGAUUAGUGCUAGAUAACAAGGAAGAGGAGGAGGAGAAGAUCCAGCAUGAAGACUUCAACCACGAGCUCUCUGAUGGGGACUUGGAUAUAGAUCUUGCUGGAGAGGAUGAGGUGAACCACCUGGAUGGUAGCAGCUCUUCAGCUAGUUCAACAGCAACUAGUAACACUGAAGAAAAUGAUAUUGAUGAAGAAACGAUGUCUGGAGAAAAUGAUGUGGAAUAUAGCAGUAAUAUGGAGCUGGAAGAAGGAGACCUCUUGGAGGAAGCAGCAGCAGCAGCUGCUGCUUCUCCUGGAGCAUCAGGUACUAGCCAUGGCUACACCAGUGCAAGUGGAAGACCUUCAAGGCGAGGAGGAACUGCCCUGGGCUCAACAACCAGUAGCAGUUUACUUGAUAUAGAUCCCUUGAUUUUAAUCCACUUGUUGGAUCUAAAAGACAGAAAUGGGAUGGAAAACCUUUGGGGCCUUCAGCCACGUCCACCUGCCUCUCUUCUGCAGAGCAGAGCCUCAUCCUACUCUCUAAAAGACCGCGACCAGCGGCGGCACCAGGCCAUGUGGCGCGUGCCGCCCGACCUGAAGAUGCUGAAAAGGCUGAAAACUCAGAUGGCUGAAGUGAGGAGCAAGAUGUCUGAUGUCAAAAACCAGCUCUCUGAAGUGAGAAGCAGCAAUGCUAGCUCCUGUGAUGGACAGCCCAGCUUCUUCUCCAUUGAGCAAGGUGCUUUAGCUGCCUGUGGAACAGAAAGCUGCAGCAAGCUGCAAGAGAUCGGAAUGGAGCUACUGACCAAGUCCUCAGUGACCAGCUGUUACAUAAGGAGUUCUGCAAGUAAGAAAGGUAACUCCCCCAAGCCUCUGCGCUCUGGAGCGGCAGGUAGCCUGUCCUUGCGAAGAGCCAUGGACUGUGGGGACAGCAACCUGCGGCUGAAGGCAGAUGGUCAGGCUGCUGAAGCUGGCAUCGGGAGCUCGAAGCUGAGCAGUCGCCACCACUCUGCAAGGCCCCUGGCUGGCAGCAGCGCUGCUGAGGCACUGCCCAAGCCAGAGGAGAGACCUUGUGAAGGGUCAGAUUCUGAUGUGGGAGUUUCUGGCUUAAAUGGCUUAGCUGCUGUAGAGAAGACCAGAAAAGCUGGUGCUCUAGGGUCCAGUUCUAAAGGUUGUCGAACGGAAGGAGGGCAGACAGGGGGUCUGGAAAGCGGCUCUGAAAGUGGUGAGCUGCAGGUUGUGCUUUCUGAAGGAGCUGCGGCAGCCCCAGAGGAAGCUGGGGUAUGUCAGAAGCAUGUCCUUCAUCUCCUACCAGGAAUGAGCAGCGACAGCGACAUUGAAUGUGACACAGAAAAUGAAGAGCAGGAGGAGGUCACCUCUGCCUCAGACAUGUUUAACCAGGCCUUCUCUGUCCAGUCCUCCAACGAAGCCUCAGAGCAGUGCUCACCAUUCCCAGAGGGUGAGCAAGCUGGUCCUGAUGAUCUCAGCUUUGUUACUGGAGAAGACAGCACCAGCAGGUAGAGGAAGACUCGGGGCCUGAAGACCUGCUGGCUGGUGUCCUUGGGAAGUUUAUUCACUGGAGCUUAGUCCGAGGCUGCUGUUCAUGGCUGUGUGCAUUCUCCAUCCCCUGCCAUCCUCACCUGGUUCUUCUGCUGUCGUCUUAAACCUGUUACCGGGGCACAAUGACCUCUGAAGGCCUUACAAUAAAGGUUGCAUUCCUGCUGGUUCUGCCAGCUUCAGAUGCUCUGAAAAAUGUCUAAAAGGUGCUGGAGCCCUGUUUUGGGCUGUGUGUCCUAUUGUGUCAUAGAAUAAGCACCACUGUGUGAAUGGUGGUGUGGCUGCUGAGCGCCACAGGCGCAGUAAGACAGCGCUGGGGUGGAAGGGCUGCUGCAGAAGUUGUUUUCCUCGGUUCCUGGUGUGGACCAACCAAACACAUUGCCAAACUGUGUGCCACUGUGCGUUGCAUUUUGAGCUGCUGAAGUUACUUGUGAAGCUAUGACAAAAGCUGAACAAAUUCUGGGCUAGUGACAGAGCAUGAGCACUGGUAAGCAGUUGCUGUCCUUGUCUCAGCUGGCUGUACCCUGUUCCCCUGUGGGAGUGCUCCACACUCAGUGCUGUACAACUCAUCCUUUUAAACUGUUUGCACUUUGGUAAUAAAAUGAAUGUUGAAAC